AAACCCGAGCAGCUCAUUUCACCCACUGGAGGAGCCCUCACUCUCGGUGAUGUAAUGAAUAAGUUUGAAGUCCUUGGCAUUGUGGGCGAAGGAGCAUAUGGAGUGGUGCUCAAGUGCAGGCAUAAGGAAACCAAUGAGCUGGUGGCGAUUAAGAAGUUCAAAGACAGUGAAGAAAAUGAGGAGGUCAAGGAGACCACUCUUCGGGAGCUGAAGAUGCUUCGGACACUGAAGCAGGACAACAUCGUCGAGCUGAAGGAGGCUUUUCGGAGGCGGGGGAAGCUCUACCUCGUCUUCGAAUAUGUUGAGAGGAAUAUGCUGGAGCUACUAGAGGAAAUGCCCAACGGUGCUCCGCCUGACAAAGUCCGCAGCUAUAUUUACCAGCUCAUCAAAGCCAUCAACUGGUGUCACAAGAAUGAGAUUGUGCACAGAGAUAUUAAACCAGAGAACCUCCUUAUCAGCUCCGAGGAUGUUCUCAAACUUUGUGACUUUGGUUUUGCUCGUAACCUGUCUGAAGGAACAGAUGCCAACUACACUGAGUAUGUCGCCACAAGGUGGUACCGCUCACCUGAGCUGCUGCUGGGGGCUCCUUAUGGAAAGGCGGUGGACAUGUGGUCGGUGGGGUGUAUCCUCGGGGAGCUGAGUGAUGGACAGCCCUUGUUUCCAGGGGAAAGCGAGAUAGAUCAGCUUUUUACCAUUCAGAAGGUUUUGGGGCCACUUCCUGCAGAACAGAUGAAACUCUUCUACAACAACCCUCGAUUUCAUGGAAUCAGGUUUCCAUCAGUUACUCAUCCUCAGACUUUAGAGAGACGUUACCAAGGCAUCUUGAGUGGUUUGAUGUUGGAUUUGAUGAAGAAUCUGUUGCUGCUAAACCCUACUGAGCGUUACCUAACAGAGCAGAGUUUGAACCAUCCAGCCUUCCAGCCUCUGAGGCAGGCAGAGAGAGAGAGGCCUCCGCCUGCAUCUCCCAACCCGCCACGCUCCUCCAAGAGAAAAACACACCAUCAUGGAGAAAACACAGUUCCUACAAGGAGUCACACUAAGAGUUCAAGCCGUCGUUCCAAUAGCAAAGAAUGUUCAAGCCUGCCUCGCCACGGAGACCUCCAUCACCUCGGGAAUGAGAGUUUUCUCAACGGCAACAAACCGGCACCGUCCAGUUUAAGUCCGACUCUGCACCCCAAGGGCCAGUACAUGUCCCAGACUCUUAAUCGUUCUAUCUCCUCCAGCAAAGAUCUGGUUAACAACAACCUGCCACACCUGCUCAGCCCCAAAGAACCCAAAAGCAAAACAGAGUUUGAUUUCAACUUGGGACCCUCCCCGAAGUUGCCAGACCAGGGACAUGGGGUAAAGUAUGGCCACGGCAAACCCAGCUCCUCUCGCUCUCAGCAGCAACAGCAGCAGCAGCAGCAGCAGCAGCAGGUCAGUCGACACACUUUCCUGGAAAACAAAACUAACACCCUACAGUCUGGGGCAGAAAAACAACACAGCCGACAUGCCCACAGUAUGGCCGACUCUGCCCACGGAUCCAUGUCCUCAUCCUCUAAGAGCUCAGCGUCUUAUCUCAGUCUGUCCAAGAGCCACAGCGGGCUGAGCGAUGCCAAAUCUGUGGGGAAUCUCAGCGACGGCCGACUCCACCCGGAUGACCCAAACUCUAACACAACAGCUGGGGUGGGACCCAGUGCCCGCUUCUUCCCUGCCAGCUGUUUAGACCUCAACACCCCUUCAGGUCCUUCUGGGCCUCCUGGCAGCCCCUCUACUCGACACAGUGAUCGAUCUGGACACAGCCCCGCCUCUCGUAGCAGCGGCAAUGCCCGCAUGGAGAGCAGCACGCUGGACUCUUCAUCCAGGCACAAAUCCAGACAUAAAUCUUUAGUGCCAGAGGACGCUGGUGCUCCAGAGCUCUUGGACCCAGGAGGACCUGGGAUGCCCUCCACUCACACUCUGCCUUCCCCUCACGAGUCUUAUCAUUACGGCCUCGGCUAUACCUCGCCUUUCUCCUCUCAGCAGCGGCCACAGCGCCACUCCAUGUAUGUGAGAAGGGAACGCCACCGACCACACGGAGUGGAGACGGCGAUGGCCGGCUUGCCUCCCCCAGGGCAGGCGAUACCAACGCGAGCCAGUAGCCUGCAGCUCCUCUCCCCACAGCUGCAGCACAGGACCACCCUCACUGGACACUCAGUGAGUUCUUCGAGGGAGGACUGCACGGACGACAUGACGAGGAGUGAGCAGUCCCCUAAAGACAUGAGCCACCCUUGUGCCCCCAUCAAAGACUCUACGCGGGACAACACUGCUGCUUUUCUUACACAGCGCUCUAAAAACGAGGUUGGCAUGUACCACGACCCUCAUGUUGAGGACGGAGCUUCCUCCAAGGAGAACCGGAUGAUCUUCACUGAGUCUAUGCCUCGGAGAGUAGGGAGCUUUUAUCGAGUCCCUUCUCCCAGGCCAGAUAACUCCUCCUCUUUCCACGACGGCGUCGGCCAGGGUCGAGGGCCGGUCGUACCCGUUGUACCCGGAGACCCUGUUGCCAUGGCCAACCACUCCAAACGCCAGACAGCUUUUGACUGGACUACUGCAGAAGCAAUGGUCAUGAAUCCUCCAGAGCCUGCCAAAGAGAAGGAAAAGCAAGGCUUCUUCAGAGCCAUUAAAAAGAAAAAGAAGAAGUCACAAAUAACCGACAUGGAGGACGGGAGGAAUCCCAGCAUCAAGAAAAGCCUUUUCCCCCUCUUUAGCUCUAAGAAUAGCUUAAAGCACAACUCAGCUGUCAAAGUCCUACCUGUAGUCGCCUCGCCUAUGGUACAACACCAGCCUGCCGCGCCCUACCCUGCCUCACCAGUUCCCGGGAAUGGACAGGAUCACUUGUCCCUGCAGAGGAGCUCCAAGUCGUCCUCUCACCACAGCAGCCGGCGGAAAAACCGUGAGCGAUCCCGAGACAGAGAUCGAGACCGGGAACAGAGCCGGGACAGAGACCGGGAGAGGGAACGGGAGCGAGAACGAGAGAGAGAAAGGGAGAGAGAGAGGGAGAGAGGGAGGGAGAGAGAGAGAGUCAAUGACUGGCCGGACAAACAAGUGGACUCACACUCUCAGAGCCAACCACUCAAGUCACUACGUAGGCUCCUUCACCUCUCCCCUUCUUCCUCAAAUCAAGGACAGGCUCCCCCUCCUCCUCCUCCUCAAGACCUGCGCUUCCAAGCCCCCAUGCCCAACCCUCCUCAGCCCUCCUCCAAAGCAGGCUACCCCGAGGGUCGAGGUCAUGCCGACAGCAGGGGGCACACUGGGGUGAGCAGCUCCGCCCAGGCUAAGAGCCGCAAGGCCAGCUACCCCCUGCCGGGACAGAUAGAGUCCAGCUGGCACGUAUCUGCUUUACAGCGGGCAGAGGGCGCUCAGUUCACCCCCGAACAGCUGGGCAUCAAACCGGGUCAGAAUGGACCCACUUUUACCCGAGCCUCCCGCACCAGGAUGCCAAACCUCAACGACCUGAAGGAGACCGCCCUCUAAAACCUCUCAACCACACCACCUCCGAUGCAGCUCCAUCCCGGAAGCACCUGCCAGAAUGCAGACAUCGUGGUACUGCAGUAAGGGUCUACACAAGAGCCUAUUUCACUGGAUCAAGUCCUAAUUCAGAAAUGUAGUAAUCUGUCGAUGCUCAUGCCUCUGAAAUCUAAAAGACUAGACGUUGACCGGCCAAACACCUGGGACAGUGUGGUUUAGGGAAGCGAAGAUAGGGAAGGGCCCAUCCUUUCUUGAGAUGCCAGUACUGUAUCAGCUCUACAUUAUUGUCUGUCUCUACUUACAAGGUUACAUCAGAAUAAGCUGAUCAUCCCUGUCAAGGAGACACUGCCCAUGUGGCCUCUUUGCUGCCAUCUUCUGCUCACAGGACGCUACUGCAACACAUUAGACAGCCGCUGUCAUAGCAGUGGCCAAUAAACUCAAAUGUUUUUCAAGCUCUGAUAUUUGAUAAGAACAUAAAAAAUGAUUUAUAUUAACAUUAUUUAUGAAAUAUUUAUUUGUUUUAAAUUCAAGGAUAUAAGCUAUAAAUGACACAGUAUGUAGGUUAUAUGGGAAUAUUAUAAGGUAAUAUAGAAUUAAAUGUGUAAUUGCAAGAGCUUUAGUUUCGACACAAAGAAAUGCAUAGAUAUUUAUGUGUUGAUAAUACAAUAUGUCACAAGGAAUAUUUAAUAAUAGUGAAUGUCUUUUUUUUUGUUUGUUUGAUUUGAUAUGUUAUUAGCAGAUUAUCAUGUUAUGUUGUUUUUACCCUUUUUUUCUGAUUGUUUCAUCAAAAUGUAAAAAGAAAUACUGACAAAUAUAUAAAAUAUCUGAUAUUACAAAUAGUGCAAAUCUGCCCAUCACCCUCAUGACAUCAGUUUUGACGUUUUGUGAAAAGUUGGGCUAUUUGUUAGCAGGGUUUGGUAGCAGAACAGCCAGAGUGAGACUGUUAGGCUCUGUGCUUCACAUAUUGUAAUUGUCAGGUCAUUUUAUCUUACAUUCCCAUUGUCGCAGUUUUCAAAUUUGCCCAUUUUUCAGUUCCUCAGUUCGUUUAGUGACAAACGGCUUUCCAGCAUCUUGUUGCUGCCAUGUUGGUUUUGUCCACAGCCUUAAAAACCAUUCAACGGGCAUAUUCGCCCACAUCACCACGCAGCUGUAGUGAGGGAGGUUUACCUAACAUGACAUUGAAAAUUUAAAGUGUUUUGAGACGGCAGGGAAGCUCUCUGCAAAAAGGCAUACCUCACCUGCAACCUUUAAGAUCUUAAAGGAUAAGUCUGGUAAUACUUUAUCUUUAUUUAUUUAUUUAUUUUGUCAGAAAUUCCAAAUGCAUUGUCUGUGGAGCCAAAGUGGGGUGUAUGUGCUCUAAACAUCUUUAGAUUCAUUUUAAUUCAUGUUAGGAAAUUUGUUAUUUACUAAAGUAGAGAGUGUGCUCAUUUUAAUAUAGUAAGUACAGUACUUGAGUGAAUGUGGUUACUUACAUUCCCCCACUGGCUGGGUGUGGGCUUUUCAUAGGACUUUGCUGACGUCAUGAAUUAUAUGAAAUAACACCAGACUUAUCCUAUAAUAUGUGUUUACAUUUCCUGUGUGCAUUUUAAAAGCUUGUGUUAUCAAGAUUUUUGUAAAAGCCUUUUGUAAAUCUGAAUUUGAUUUUCCAACUUGCAUUACUAUUAACAUUAACAGUCAUAAUCAGGGAUGAUUUUACUUAACUUGAUUGUUCAUUAAAGCAUUUACUAAUUGUCUUCUGAUCUGUGGGCAAUGUAAAGCUGAGGUGUGUAGAAUGAAAAACAUAUUGUGGCCUAGGGGAAGCAUACAGCAUUGUUUUUCCCCAGUAUUUCCAUUAUUCUUCAUUCUGUCCUCCUUAGUAUAGAACAGUAUUAAGGCCACUGGAGGGGGGGGGGAACAGUCUCGUUACGUUAUUCUCAGAAUUCUGAUUUUAAUUUGAGAAUUCUGACUUUUUCUCAAAAAUCUGACUCCAGUUGCAAAAUUCUGACUUUUUUUUUCCAAAUUUCUUUUUCUCAAAAGUCUGACUUUAGCAAUUCAGGCUUUAUCUCAGAAUUCUGACCUUUUCCUCAAAAAUCUGACUUCAGUUGCACAAUUCUGACCAUUUUUCCAGACAUUUUUCUCAAACUUCUGACUUGUUCUCAAAAGUCUGGCUUUAAUCUAAGAAUUCUGACAUUCUCCUAAAAAAUCUGAAUUCAGUUGCAAAAUUCUGAU